UGACGAAGCCGCCGACGCGGAACCCCUGGAAAGUUAGUUUCUUAAAACCCUAGCGAAACCCUUGGAAAAUUAGUUCGGGGGCCAAUCUCCGUUACGCGUAACAAAAUUUGCCGCCGGAGACUGACGAAGCCACCGACUCCGCCUCCAUGAGUCUCAUCGCAGGCUCCUAUGAAAAUUUCAUUUGGGGAUUCAAGCUAAGACCUUCCGAACCCCAAACUCUGACGCUAACACCUUUUUUCUCUUACCAUUCUCAUAUUUCCGCCAUUAAAACCGUCGCCGCCGCCGGCCCGGUCGCUGCUUCUGGUGGCAAUGAUCAAACCAUUCACCUCUACGACCUCUCCACCACAUCUUCUCUCGGAUCACUUCAUGAUCACUCUGCAUACAUAACCUCUCUCGCCUUCUAUACUCCUCCUAACCUAUCGUUUCCUCGUAACCUUGUCUCUGCUGCUGCAGAUGGUUCCGUAUGUAUCUACGAUACUGACCCUUUUGUCCACCUCAAGACUGUGUUGCCUCACAGGAAGGCUGUUAAUGAUCUCUCUAUCCACCCCUCUGGAAAGCUCGCAUUGACUGUCGGCCAUGAUGAGUGCUUGGCCAUCAUCAAUUUGGUUCGUGGAAGGAGGAGUUUCUAUUGCAGGUUGGGGAAAGAGGCUAGUUUGGUGGAUUUUGAUGUUGGUGGGGAUAAAUUUUUCAUGGUUAUGAAAGAGAAGGUUUCGGUUCAUGAGGCAGAGGAUGCGCGGUUGCUGUGCGAGUUCGAAAACAAGAAGAGGGUUUCCUGUGUCACGCCCUGCGAGAACGGCAUCCUGCUUACAGGUGGAGACGAUCGUUGUCUUACAGCAUGGGAUGUGAAAAGUGGGAAGGUGGCAUAUACAAUAGAAGAAGCACACCCUGCCCGUGUCAGAGGGAUUGUUGUUAUGACUAAGAAUUCCUCUGGUGCUUUCUCUGAUGAUGAUCCUCAUGUAGUUGCAUCUGCAUCAACAGAUGGAGUUAUACGUGUUUGGGAUGUUCGAAUGACUGCUAUCAAGGACAAGCCAAAUCCAUUAGCUGAGGCAAAUACAAAAGCAAGACUGACUUGUCUUGCCGGAUCGGCUCUUAAAUCUCUUCGGCGACCUCAAACUGGGAAGAACACAUCAGACAAAGGCCAGGUCGUACCAAAUGUGAUGGAAACUUAGUAGUAGUAUUCAUUGAGCAUGGCUGAUUUUUCACGUUGGUGGCUGCUGGGGUGAGAACUGUACUUCAUAGGUUCCCUGUACGCUGUACUAAAUUUUGACAAAAUUUUUUGUUUAUAUUGAUUCACAUAGGAGAUAUUAUUUAAUCUUUUUACUCCAAUUUUUGUUAGUGGGUUGGCAAUAGUAUACAGAGCUGUGGCUUGGUUUGUGAUGCAUGAAUUUUACAAGUAAUAGUUAACAUUUUGGCAUAGACCAUUUUCAAUUA